AUCUAAAUCAUAACAGAAGACUCACUUUGGGAUCUAUAAUCAUGGACCAAUUGGACACAAGUGCACAAAACACACCUCUGUUCCAGGAGAUGUAUCUCAGCUCGUAAAAGAGGUACUAUCACCCCGAAGGGUUCAUUGGAACUGCGCAGCUGUUGGCUUUCAGCCAAAACAAACAACUUCCUGUGAUAAAGGCUGCAUGUCAGAAUGGGAGGCAGGUUAUUCACUGAUCUGUGGUUUUUCUUAUUUUGUGUCCUGCUCUGCAGAAGCUGUGCUGCAGGUGCUGUGCUGAAGAUUGACCCUGGCUGGUCGACUCUUUUCAUUGGAGAGUUUGUUACUCUGACAUGUGACAUUGAAGGAGCAGAGGCAGGCUGGGAAUACAGUUUCUACAAAGAUCAACAACAAUACUCUCCUGGUUACCAAACAACUAAUUCCUACAGAUUCCAAAUAACUUCCUCAAACGAUGGUGGUGAAUAUGAUUGUGUUGGUCGUCACAAGGGUUCAUCUGAAACAGAGAAAAGUAAAACUGUCUCUUUUACUGCAGCAGAGAAACCCAGGGCUACACUGACAUCAGGCAAUACAACCAUCUCAGUCGGAGGCUCAGUGAUUCUUUCCUGCUCUGUGAGAGACUCUGAUGGAUGGAGAUAUGAGUUUUACAGGAGAACAUCAUCAACCAGCUCAGAGACACGAGUUGAAACGAAUGUUGGGGACAAUGGAGUCAUCCAGGUAUCUAAAGGGGGAAAAUACCAGUGCAGAGGAGAGAGAGAAACAUCAGGUUAUCUCUCUGACAUGAGUGAUGAAGUCAUCAUUUGGAUAACUUUCACCAACAAGCCUGUCAUAACACGACAACCCAGCUGGUCUCAGAUAUUCCAGGGUGAGAAGAUCACUCUGACAUGUGAGGUCCAGGGAGGAGAGAAGACUGACUGGAGGUAUUACUGGAGGAGAAAUUCACGAUCACUUCCAAACGAGGAUGAAAAGUUGUUACAAUUCACUGCUUCUGAGUCCCUCAGUGGAGAGUAUGAAUGUAUGGCCAGACGCAGAGAUGACUCUUAUUCUUCAACCACAUGGAUUGAAGCCUUCACAGUGUCAGUGUUACAGAAACCCAGGGCUACACUGACAUCAGGCACCACAACCAUCUCAGUCGGAGGCUCAGUGAGUCUUUCCUGCUCUGUGAGAGACUCUGAUGGAUGGAAAUAUGAGUUUUACAGAAGAACAUUAUCAACCAGCUGGGAGAAACUAGUUGAAACAAAUGUUGGGGACAAUGGAGUCAUCCAGGUAUCUAAAGGAGGAAUUUACCGGUGCAGAGGAGAGAGAGAAACAUCAGGUUAUGUCUCUGACAUGAGUGAUGAAGCCACCAUUAGGAUAACUUUCACCAACAAGCCUGUCAUAACACGACAACCCAGCUGGUCUCAGAUAUUCCAGGGUGAGAAGAUCACUCUGACAUGUGAGGUCCAGGGAGGAGAGAAGACUGACUGGAGGUAUUACUGGAGGAGAAACUCACGAUCACUUCCAGAGGAUGAAAAGUUGUUACAAUUCACUGCUUCUGAGUCCCUCAAUGGAGAGUAUGGAUGUAUGGCCAGACGCAGAGAUGACUUUUAUUCUUCAACCACAUGGAGUGAAGCCUUCACAGUGUCAGUGUUACGUUCAGCACCAAGUUCCACACAAGGACUAAAGCUCGUCCUCUCUGUGUCUCCAUCAUGGUUGAUUCCUGGAGCUUCAGUCACUCUGAUCUGUCACACUGAACCUCCGUCAGCAGGGUGGAGCUUCUACUGGUUCAAAGCUGUUCCAAACUCUCAGGAUUCCUACACCUAUGAGCCUCUACCUGGUACCAGCAGUGGGACAGCAAACAAUUCCUUCACAGUUCAUGGACAGACACACACAGCAGGAUAUGCAUGUUCAGCUGGACGAGGGGAUCCGCUGAUUUACACACAAUACAGUCGUCCCACAUUUGUCUGGUCUUCAGGUGUUCAUCCAUCAGCGUCUCUCACAGUGAAUCCUGACAGAGUCCAACACUUCACCUCUGAAUCUCUCUCACUGACAUGUGAAGGAAGCUCUUCCCAGUGGAGGCUGAUCCGGUUUCUGACUGACGACUCGCUGUUGAGCUUUCUUCUUCCAGCUACAAUCAAUGGAUCAACAUAUAUUAAGAAUGAGGCUCCAAGAAAAGCUGUGUACUGGUGUGAGUCUGGAACAGAGUUCAGCAAUGCAGUCAAUAUCUCCACACACUCUGAUGGCGUUAUCCUGGUGAGCCCUGUGUAUCCUGUACCUGUGGGAGAGUCUGUAACUCUCCUCUGUGUCAUGAAGACUGGAAAUAUUCCCUCUGAUGUGUUUUUCUACAAAAAUAACAAACUCAUUGAAAAUGAGAGACGAGGAGAGAUGAAGAUCUCUGCAGUGUCAGAAUCAGAUGAAGGUUUCUACAAGUGUCAGUACAAUGGAAGAGAAUCAGCACAAAGCUGGAUGGCUGUGAAAGUGUCCAGGUCUGAGAGCUCUUCAUUCCAUGUCUGGUUGAUCUUUGGGCUGGUUUGUGGAGUUUUGCUUAUUUUCAUCCUCUGCCUGCUGUGGUGCUACAAAUGCAAAAAGAGGUCAUGCUGGAGCAGACGUAUUGAGUCUUUGUAUGUCAAUCAAAGCUCUGCGACAAACCAGCCAGUGACCCAGAGUGAAAGUCAACUUUACUCCUCUCUCCUGCACGGUGAUGUUUCUCUUUAUGAAUCCCUCAGACGCCCUGGAAACCCUGCAAACGGUGAACCAGCUCAGGAUUACAUCAAUGUCACAUCCCACCAGCUUGAUGAUCUUCAUGAAUGAUGACGGAGGAAGGAAAAGCCAUGAAUCAGUGUCAGUGAUGCCAGUGGAGCCUCAUCUUCAGGACUGGAAACCACAGCAGAUUCCGAGAAUCGAAAAGCGACUGAAACCAUAUCAAGCCUGGUGGUUGAAACCAGGAGCUGCUCCUCAUGCACAGAAUACACACUGUGUGUAGGACGGUGUGUGGAGGAAGAGGCUUCAUUCCAUAUGUUUCAAGUAAAAAUGUCUGAUUGAUUGAUUCAGUGAUUUUUUUUUCACACUGUUUCACAACAGUUGUCACGUCAGUCAAAGUUUGCUGUGAUUAUCAGAGGAUUGUAAUUUUAAAUCUUCGCAGGUCUUCUUUAUAUGAAGUCUGCAACUGAUGUUCUGCUGAUUAUUUCACUUUGGAAUGUUUCAGUUAUUCAAAAUGAAUUAUUUUAUAUUUGAAUCGAUGCGGCUCACAAUCAGCGCGAUUACAGCACAAGCACUGUCUAAAAUGCAUUGACGUUGCAAUGUAGUUUAUGUUCUUUUACUUCAAUUUUUGUAUUUUAAAUAUUGAAUCUUUGUAAGCUUUUCUUAAAUUCUUAUUGUUUCAUAUUUGUUCAAUGUGGAGCAGCUUUGAUGACUGGAUUUCCCUCAAUGGGAUGAUUUAAGAGAAUCUUGGUAUUAAAAUCAACGAUAUGAUUGUAGGCAUUCUUUUAUAUGCGGAUGAUAUCGUUUUAUUAGCUGAAUGUGAACAAGACCUGCAGAACAUGUUAAAUAAGGUGGCAGAUUGGUGUUGCAAAUGGAGACUUGGGAUUAAUCAGGAGAAAACAUAAAUUGUACAUUUUAGAAAACAGAACGUUAAAAGAAAACCAUUUGUAUUUAAAUUUGGUUUAACACCAUUGACAUAUACAAAUGAGUAUAAAUACCUUGGCCUGAUAUUGGAUGAACAUUUGACUUUCAAACCGGCCAUAGGUGUUCUAUCUGACUCAGCUGGGAGAGCUUUGGGGUCUGUACUGAGCAAAGUUAAGAACUGCAGAGACCUAGGCUUUAAGUCAUUUACCCAUCUGUACAGAGCUUGCGUAUGUUCUGUGUCAGAUUAUGCAGCAGGGGUCUGGGGUUUUAAAGAACACACCAACUCUGACACAAUUCAACACAGAGCGAUCCGCUCUGAGUUCAUAAACGCACUCCAAUAGCUGCUAUGUGUGGAGACUGGAGAUAUAGGCUGGGAACCGUCAAAUGUUAGACAUAAAUGUGAAAUGCUUCGUCUUUGCAACAGAUUGGUAAAGAUGCCAGAGGACAGACUGACUAAAAAGAUUUUCAACUGGGAAAUAUCAAAGGUAUCUCCUUGGGCCAGCAAGGUGAGAUCUUUGUUUUUCAAUUGCGAUCAGUCAUAUAUAUUUUACAAUAGAUUACGUUGUAAUAUUAAAGAGUUAAAACAUAUAUUCUUCCAAGAAUAUAAAGAAAAAUGGUUUUCAGAAACAUGGAACAAACCUAAAUUAAGAACUUAUUGCUUUAUAAAAAACCAACCCUGUCUCCACAAAAUUACGUUCUGAGAAAACUAAACUGCAUUCUCAAAUACGUUUCAGAGGAACCUAUUCUGUCCCUUAUUAUGUUCGUCUUCAACAUAUCUUUUUUU